AUGUCGCAACCUUACACUCAGCCUGGUGUUCCGGGUCAAGAUGGGUACGGGCAACAACCAGUUGCAGGACAAGCAUACGAAAACUACGAGACGAUACCUGCAGCCGGCGUACCACCUACGACUUCACCAGCACCAGCAGCAGGACACACUCAUGGCGGGCGAAAGAAGCGUGCAUAUGCUGGACAGGCGUAUGAGUUCGGCGCGGGAGCCAAUGCUGCUCUGGGUGGCCAGCAACAAGCUGGCGGAGCAUACACUGGUUACUCUGCCCAGCAAGAUGCGGCCGGUUACCCUCAAGGAGGUUAUCAGCAAAACCCUGUCGCGGUUCAACAAGGCGCAACGCCGCUGUAUCCUGGACAGGAUCCGGCGACAUUGGGCGGGUAUCAGCCUCCUGCGGCAGGAUAUCCUACUGCGGGAGGUGUACCAGGUUUGAGCCAGCAGUUUGGUCAAAUGGACAUAAACCAGAAGCCUCCAAUCGCCGCGGCACCUCAGCAGCAGCAACGCGCCCCGGUGUUGAACCAGCUUUACCCCACGGAUCUGUCGAAUCAGCCUCUCAAUGUUGCGGAGCUGGACUACCCACCGCCCCCUGCUGUUCUUCCCCCCAAUUCUAGCGUUACGCCGUCUCCGUACGCCAACUGUCCUCCGAAAUACGUUCGCUCGACUCUAAACGCCGUGCCAACAACGCAUUCCCUCCUCAAGAAGUCCAAGCUGCCUUUCGCGCUCGUUAUACAGCCGUAUACCUCCCUACACGAUGUGGAAGACCCGGUGCCCAUUGUGCCUGACCAGGUUAUAUCACGUUGCAGACGCUGUCGGUCAUAUAUUAAUCCAUUCGUGACUUUCCUGGACCAUGGGCAUCGAUGGCGAUGUAACAUGUGCAACCUGACCAAUGAUGUCCCGCAAGCCUUUGAUUGGGAUGCGGCCGCCCAAAAGCCCCUUGACCGAUGGCAGCGGCCCGACUUGAAUCACGCUGUCGUUGAAUAUAUCGCCCCACAAGAGUAUAUGGUUCGACCGCCCCAGCCGCUCGUCUACCUCUUCCUCCUCGAUGUGAGCUACGCCGCUGUAACGAGUGGGCUGUUGGCGACGACUGCUAGGUGCAUUCGAGAGAGUCUGGACCGCAUUCCGAACGCCGACCGACGGACCAGACUGGGCUUCAUUGCUGUCGACUCAAGCCUUCAUUUCUUCAACAUCCCUCGUGAUGGUACUGAAAAUGCACAGACCAGCAUGCUUGUCGUCAGCGACCUGGAGGAGGCAUUCCUGCCGACACCUGCAGAUUUGCUUGUCACUCUGUCCGAGUGCCGGGAAAAUAUCGAAAACUUCUUGGACAAGCUCCAAGAGAUGUUUCAAAACACCCAGAAUGGAGCAUCGGCUAUGGGGUCGGCACUUCGCGCAGGUCACAAGCUGAUCGGACCGGUUGGCGGUAAGAUGACAGUAGUGACAGCUUCACUUCCCAAUAUCGGGCAGGGCAAACUUGAGAUGCGCGAAGACAAGAAGUUGUUAGGCACCUCGAAGGAGAGUAGCUUGCUCCAAACGCAAAACAGCUUCUACAAAAGUUUUGCGGUGGAAUGCUCGAAGCAGCAGAUCUCGGUCGACAUGUUCCUGUUCUCGUCACAAUAUCAAGAUGUCGCUUCGCUGAGCAACCUUCCUAGGUACACUGGUGGACAAACCUAUUUCUAUCCAGGUUGGAACGCCGCGCGAGAAGAAGACGCCAUCAAAUUCGCCAAAGAGUUCUCGGAUUAUCUAUCUGCAGAGAUUGGUCUCGAGGCUGUUCUUCGUGUCCGUGCCACAACCGGUCUGAGGAUGAGUACUUUCUACGGAAACUUCUUCAAUCGCAGCUCCGACUUGUGCGCAUUCCCGGCCUUUCCAAGAGACCAGAGUUACGUGGUGGAAGUGGCGAUUGAUGAGACGAUUACGAAACCUGUUGUCUGUAUGCAAAGUGCGGUUCUACACACCACGUGCAACGGAGAACGACGUAUCCGAGUCAUGACCUUGGCCCUACCUACCACGCAACAAUUGGCUGACGUGUACGCGUCCGCGGAUCAGCAAGCCAUCACUGAAUACUACAGCCAUAGAGCUGUAGAGCGUGUCCUGAGUAGCGGCCUCGACAGCGCCCGCGACAUGCUCCAGAACAAAUUGAUCGAGCUGUUGGCGACUUAUAAAAAGGAGCUUGCUGGUGGUAGCAUGGGUGGAGGGGGCUUGCAAUUCCCGGCCAACCUUCGUGCUCUCCCUGUGUUGUUCCUUGCUCUUACCAAGCACUUGGGACUGAGGAAAUCGUCGCAGAUUCCUAGUGAUAUGCGAUCGGCUGCAUUGUGUUUGCUGUCAACACUCCCCUUGCCAUUGAUGAUCCAGUACAUCUAUCCAAAGAUGUUCUCUCUGCACGACAUGCCGGACGAUGCAGGAACGGUGGAUGAGAAGACCGGAGAGAUCAUUCUUCCUCCGCCAAUCAACCUCUCGUCCGAACGGAUAGUGCCGUACGGCCUGUAUUUGAUCGACGAUAGUCAGACACAGUUCCUUUGGGUGGGCCGCGAUGCAGUUCCACAACUGAUCAUGGACGUGUUCGGGCUGCCCGAUAAGAGCCAGCUGAAGGUUGGCAAGCAACGCUUGGCAGAGCUUGACAACGACUUCAGCGAGCGGGUUCGAGCAGUGAUCUCUAAAAGCAGGGACCACAGGUCGAAAGGCGUAGGAAGCAUCGUGUACCCUCAUCUCUACGUAGUGAGGGAGGACGGUGAACCGGGACUGAGACUAUGGGCUCAGACCAUGCUUGUGGAAGAUCGAGCGGAUCAAGGAGUCAGCCUUCAGCAAUGGAUGGGAAUGCUACGCGAAAAGGUCAUGCAAUAG